GCAAAUUCAGAAUACGCACACGGGGCUGGAUUUGUCGGUGCCGGAGUACCAGGAAGUCCGUGGGAAGAUGAUGACUGGCCACGUAGAGUAUCACGUUGUCGUUGUCACCCGACUGGCAGCCUUCAAAUCAGCGAAGCACAAGCCUGAAGAUGUAGUUCAAUUUAUGGUCUCCAAGAAGUACAGCGAGAUAGAGGAGCUCUACCAGAGACUGCUGGCACGAUAUCCACAGGCUUCUCUUCCACUCUUGCCUAGAAAGGUUCUCUUCGUGGGGGAAUCUGACAUCUGUGAACGAAGAGCAAUAUUCAAUGAUAUCAUGAAAUUCAUCUCCAAAGAUGAGGAUCUGGCAACAAGUCCUGAGUUACUGGAAUUUUUAGGAACAAAAUCUUCUAGUGCCAUUGACUUCAAAGGUAAAAAUAUGCCUAAUGACAAGGAGAAAGAAGAGGAAGAAAAUGAAGCAUUGGAUUUCUUCAGAGAGGAGAAGACACCUGACUUAAUCUCACAGCUUUCAUCACUGGAAAAUGUCAAAAAAGGGGGAAAAAAAGAAGAGGAAAAGGAGGAAGAAGAGGAGGAAGUUUUAGAUCCUCUUGGUAUAAUCAG